CUAACAAGCCUUAAGAAUAACGCGUGCCGGCAGCCUUUGUAAUCUAUAUCGUAAUAUUUUUCGUAAAAGUCUUGUAUGAGCUCUUCGACCUGUAAACAAUGUCAAACGAUUUAAUAUUGCAAAACAAAUGUGCGGCGUGCAGCGAAAUUGCCCACGAACCAUUUAUAGAGUGUGUUGAAUGUGAAAUCAAUCUAUGUACAGCAUGUUUCGCCUCCGGUCAAGAAGUGGGAAGUCAUAAGAACGAUCACAAAUAUGCCGUGCGGCGGAAUGACUUUCCUUUGUUCGAAAACUGUAACUGGUCAGCCAAGGAAGAAUGUAAACUGCUCUCAGCAUUAUCAAUAUACGGCUACGGAAAUUGGGAAGAAAUAUCUAAAAGUGUACAUACAAGGUCAAAACUCGAAUGUCAAGAGCAUUACAAGAAGUAUUACAUAGAAAAUGUUCAGUUCAAAGAGCUGAAGCUGCUACCGGAAACAGAACCAUCUUUGUUUCCAAAACCUGUGAUCCCUUAUUUAUAUAGUACAGAAAUUUGUAGUAAUCCACCCAGGAAUAACAAUGCAGAUCAACAUUUAGCUGGAUACAACGCUUACAGGUCUGAAUUUGAAUUAAGUUAUGAUCACAAUGCAGAAAGCAUUUUCAAUAUAGAGGAUAGUUAUUCUGAUGAUGAUGGUGAUGAUGAUGAGGAUGAUGAAGAUUGUAUGGAUUCUUUGAAAGUGUCUCUGGUCAGUUCUUUGAACACUAGGCUUAGAGAGAGGCGGAGGAGAUACAAAGUUAUCCAACACCAUGGUCUGAUAAUGCCAAACAAAUUGAUAUCCUGGCUACAGAAGUUUGAGUCAACAUUAUCUAGGCAGAAGUGUGAUAGACUAGUCUCCUUUAUGCAGUUCAUGACAGGAAUGCAAUUUGAUGCAUUUAUGGAGUCAAUCAGUUUGGAACAAGAACUUAUGCAGAAACUAACACGGCUGUCAGAGUAUCGGAGAAAUGGCAUUAGAACAUUGUAUUCUGCAAAGUUGUAUAGACAGUUGAAAAAGGAGAAUGAUCUAAUUGUAAAAGAACAGAAGCAUGCUACAAGUGUGAUGGCAAAGAAAUAUGACAGUCAGUCGCCUGUGAAGAACUCCAUGCUGUUUGGUAAAAGUAAUCAGUUGCUGAAGUAUAAGAGAACAUCAAUGCCGCUGGAGAUUGUGGAUCUACCAGGGUUCAACUUACUCACAGACACCGAGAAAGUAUUGUGUUCUAACCUACGACUGGUCCCUGAGAAUUACUUAGAGAUUAAGCAUCAAUUAAUUACACAGAACAGUAAGAUGGGCUUCCUACGUUUGCUGGAUGCUAGGAGAAUCGUUAAAAUAGAUGUGAACAAAACUAGGAAGAUCUAUGAUUAUUUGUUGUAUGAAGGUUUUAUAUCUAAGCCACAGUAAAUAAAUAAGCAUAACUUUUUUAUAUCAACCAUUUUCCUUUUAUUUUAUCUAUGGUUUUUAAGAUCCUUGACCUUGAUUAUAGAUAUAUUAAUUCACUUGUUAUAGCCAGCUCCUAUUGAUUGUAGCAUGAUGCCUUAUAGCCUAUAGGCUAUUCGAGUAUCCUCCUUGAUAGUCAAUACUCAUACAAGUCAUACAUUCAUAAAUGUACUAUCCAACACAAAAAUAAAUAUCAAUUCAGAUCAGAAGUUCUGGAGAUAAGCACGUCCAAACAAACAAAACUCUUCAACUUUAUAAUAAGUGGAAGUAGUAACUUCUGCUAGCGACUUCGCUCAUGUUCCGGUAGAAUCAAAAGUAGCCAAUGUAUUAUUCAAGACCAUAAUCCACUCCUGUUCCAAAUAUCAUCCCAAUCCCUUCAGACGUUUUUAGAUGGAGUAACUAACAAACGAACAUUCAAACUUACACAUGAAUACUAUAGUAGGAAUUCAGAUUAUAAU